UUGUGGUUGGCUAAGACUAUAAUGUUUAUUGUUCAGGCCUAUACUGUACAACUACAUCUAAUUAAAAUGAUACAGUCGAUUGCAAAGUUUUCCCAGUUUUUUAAACAAUAUGAAGUACUUUAUUGACAUAAAUACAAAGCCUAUCGUUAUUCGAAUCCUACGUAUCCUUAUCGUUUCCUUUAUAACAGAAUUAUUUACAUUUGCGGUUAUUAUUCCGAUCCUGAUUGCCAGUGGUGUUGCGUGUUCCUUUAUUUUGCUAAACCAUCUAUAAAUUGGAGGGAAAUAUUCGUAUAAGGAUCUUCAAUGCUACAAAAAGAAAUGCUGAGAAACUCGCGUUUCUUUCAAACCACCUCCAUUUUCAGAGUCCAGCCACCUUGUUGCUCCCUUUGUUGUCGUUAAUGGGAACAAAAACGUCACAUUUUAUCUAGUUUUAAUUUUUUGAAAUAUAUAUUUAUUUAGUAGAUAUUUAAUUGAGGUAACGGGUCGAAAUGAGUAACCAAAUCCAAGACGACUACUCCGAAGUGUACCAGAGGCUGCCCCUCAAAAUAAACCUCGCUUAUAGUAUGGGCCACGUCCUCAACGACGUCUGCGCUUCCAUGUGGUUUACCUACCUUUUAGUCUUCUUCCAUCUAGUCCUAGAAUUCGACAAUUGGCAAGCGGGGUGCUUGCUGUUGGUCGGUCAAGUGGCUGACGCACUCGCGACUCCUUUCAUAGGCUACCAUUCUGAUCAAGGGGACAACUUCUAUUGUUGCAUAUACGGAAGGCGGAAAAUCUGGCACUUGAUAGGCACGGUGUGCGUCCUUCUAACGUUCCCUUUCAUUUUCUCGCCGUGCAUUGGUUGCGAAACGUCCUCCACGACCGCCCGAAUGGUGUACUACUCCAUGUUCAUUAUUAUAUUUCAAUUCGGGUGGGCGGCUGUGCAAAUAGCCCAUCUCUCGCUUAUACCGGAGCUAACUCCGAACCAGCACGAUAGAACUAGACUCACCGCCUCGCGGAACGUCUUGACGGUGAUCGCCAACGUUUUGGUGUACUUGGUGACCUGGGGCGUGCUCCAUCUUUCCAGCGAGAAUGAUACCAAAAUCGGGCCAGGAGACGAAACCAAGUUCCAGCACAUCGUAUGGGCUGUCAUGGCGUUCGGCCUCGUUUGUUCAGUAUUGUUUCACGUAUUCGUCAAAGAAUCGUGGACUACCAACGGACCCCGUGACGUUCGGGGCACUAUCAUGCGGACCAGCGUCAGAGAUUUGCUUACGAACGUCAGGGUCUACCACAUAGCUGUGAUAUACAUGGCUUCGAGGCUGUUCGUCAACUUGACGCAAGUGUUCAUCACGCUAUACCUUCACGAGGCCUUAGAUAUGGUCGCCAGUUCCUUAGCUUUAGUACCGUUGGCGAUGUACAUAGCUAGUUUCGCCACGUCUUUUAUAGUGGAACCCAUCAACCGAUGCGCAAAUAGAAAAACAAGUUUCCUCUUGGGUUCCUCUCUCGGGUUGAUCGCGUGCCUAUGGAUUAGGUGGGGCCAGGGUCAGGAGUACACCUCGUAUUAUAUUUACGCGGUAGGCGCUUUGCUGGGGGCGUCGGGCAGUAUCAUCACCGUUUCUAGUCUUGACAUCACUACAGAUUUAAUUGGAGAUAACACCGAUAGCGGGGCCUUUAUUUACGGUAUAAUGAGCUUCGUAGAUAAACUGUCCAACGGAGUAGUCGUAGAAGUGAUACAGUGGUUACACGACGACCAGACGAACCUGUGGUACUACAGGGAUGUUUUGACGGACGUGUGUGGCGGUGCGAUAAUACUCGGGGCGUUCGCUGUCAUGGUGUUGAGAAAAAGGAGGGAUAACGUCACCAAAUCCAGGGAAGACCUAUGCGUAGACGGGUGUAGCAGCAUAGCGGCUAACUGAAGCUAGGACGGUCUAUCCAGACGAUUUUGUGUAUAUGUUGUCUAAUAUACAGAAUGUUUUGAAGUAUUGUGCUUUAAUUUGGGUUUCCAUUCUG